CUGUAUUUCUUAUCCUGCAAACAAAAAUGCCUGGUACAAGUCUCCUCUGUUACACUCCUACAUCAUCAACUAUAUUCAGAAGACCAUCAAAUUCAAAUGAGUUUCAUACCUAUUCUCCUACAACAACAACAAGGAAAUUCAAAUUCAAUACCUUGAAAUGUAAAUCAUCAUCAUCUUCUUUGGUUACAGAUUUUGAUUUGUAUGAUCUUCUAGGUAUUGACAGUUCUUCAGAUCAUUCGCAAAUCAAGAUAGCUUACCGGUCGCUCCAGAAACGGUGCCAUCCUGAUAUUGCUGGUCCUGCUGGCCAUGACAUGUCUAUCAUACUCAAUGAUGCAUAUUCCAUUCUAUCAGAUCCUAAUUUACGCCAUGCUUAUGAUAAGGAACAUGCCAAAAUCGAAGACUUCAAGGGAUUUACAGGCAAACCAAUCUACUCCACAUGGUUUGGAACAGAGAGCGAAGAACGAGCUGUAUUUGUUGAUGAAGUAAAGUGUGUUGGUUGCUUAAAAUGUGCAUUGUUCGCCGAGAAAACGUUCGCUAUUGAAUCUGUUUAUGGGCGAGCUAGAGUUGUUGCUCAGUGGGCGGAUCCUGAAGAUAGAAUCCAAGAUGCUAUACAAUCAUGCCCAGUUGAUUGCAUUUCGAUGGUAGAGAGGUCAGAUUUAGCUGCGUUGGAGUUCUUAAUGUCGAAACAGCCGCGUGCCACUGUAAGAAUGAGCACAGGCAAUUCAGUUGGAGCUCGUGUGUCAAAUAUAUUUGUCGACAUCAAGAAGUUCCAGUCCAGAUUUGAUGAAGCCAAGCAUAAAGCCUCUGAUAAAGUUUCCAAGGAAUCAGAUUUACAAAGAGAAGCAAGAAUAACCGCUUUCCAAGCCAUUAGAUCAAUAUCAAAUUGGUUAUACUGGCAAUCGCCGAAAACUCAAACAAACACGCCAGGGCUUCGCCAGACUCUGAUGCUGAUAGCUGGGAAAACAACUCAACCAGACACUAACAAGCUCCGGGAUGCAGCAGAAGCUAGGCGAAAGGCAAGAGAUUAUGCAAGUCCCACAAUCAGAAUGCGGACCAACCCCAGCCUAAAUGAUGAUUAUUGGACCCCAUCGCCCUUAACUCUACCAACAAGUUCUACCUCUGCUACAGCAUCAGAGUCAAAAGCAGAAUCUAGUUCAGUAAAUGCUGAUCAAUCUAAGGCGACAGAGGAGCUUAAUGAUCGCACCGUUAGCUGGAAAAUCCGUGGCCGUCCUCGGAACCCAAUCAAAUUGGCUUUUCCAAUUGGGACUGCGGCAAUUGCCGCCAUUGUUAUACGGUUACGUGUUGGAGAGAGCUCCAUUGGUAGUGUGACUGAACAUAUGGGUGGGUCUAUGAUAUUAGAUGUUGUCAAUAGUUCUUGGCUACAAGUGAUAUUGGCUGGCGUUACUUGGUAUUUAAUUGGAAUGGCAAUUGUAGAACUGGUAGACAUUGCUAGAGGUAAUAAAGGUUCAAGUUAAGGGAUGUAAAGAUUGGGCUGGGUGUUAGUUGUUAAAAUACAUGAGUAGUUAGCAAUCUUUCUCUACUAGUAUCUGUAGUGUACAAGAUGUAUCGAAAAUCAAUGUUUAUUAGAAGUUACUCUAAUGUAGGAGUGUCUCUCAGUGACCAUUUUAAAUGUAAAACAUCUGCCCGAAUGAGCAAUGUUGGAUUCAAUCU